AUGAUUCACUUUAUCCUCCUGCAGAACCGCAUGGGCAAGACCCGACUAGCCAAGUUUUACAUCCCGGUCGACGAUGCAGGCCAGGCGCAGAUCAAGCGUCAGGUCCACGCUAUUGUGAACGCGCGCGAUACGCGCGCGACAAACUUUGUGUCGUUCGAGAGCAUCAAGGUCGUCUACCGCCGCUACGCCGGGCUCUUCUUCAUCCUCGGCAUCGACCAGGAGGACAACGACUUGAUGUACGUGGAGCUGAUCCACCUGCUUGUGGAGGUGCUGGAUAUGUUCUUCAAGGAUGUGUGCGAGCUGGACUUGAUCUUCAACUUCCACAAGGUCUUCAUGAUCAUCGACGAAAUGAUUAUGGGCGGCGAGAUUCAGGAGGUGUCGCGGCCGGUCAUCUUGAGCCGGCUACAGGAGCUCGAGAUCUCAAGUAAGUAG